GACCGAUGACAGCUUGUGCGUGCAAUACAAGCACACUGAAUCGAGAACGCAUCGAUUAAACAAGGAGUCUGUUUGAUCCAGGAAAUCAACAUGCAGGAGCAAGAAAGGGCGCAGCAGAAAAUAGUCGUUGCAUUUGACUUUGGCACAACAUACAGUGGGUAUGCAUUUUCACACAGCAAUAACCCAUUCAAAGUGGGUACUUUUUUGUGGAAGUCAGGUCAAGAAAGUCUUGUAUCACAGAAAACCCCAACAUCCAUUUUACUGAACCCGGAGGUCAGUUUCCAUUCUUUUGGGUUUGAAGCCGAAGACAAAUUUGCUAAUUUAUCAAAAGCUGAAGAACAUGAAGAUUGGAGACUUUUCAGACAGUUUAAAAUGCUGCUUUUAAGCGAGGGUCAACUAAAGAGGUCUACUACAAUAGCUGAUGUUUCCAAGAAGAAGGAACAUGAAAUGCCGGCUAUUGAGAUAUUCGCAAUGUCGAUACAGUACCUGAAAGACCAUUUCCUUGAACAAAUAAAGAGCCAGGGUUUGGACGAGACCAGUUUUAUUGUGCAGUAUGUCCUUACUGUGCCGGCAAUCUGGGGUGAUAAAGCUAAAGCCUUUAUGAGGGAAGCUGCAAUGAAGGCUGGGAUCGAUUCAGAUAGUUUGACCCUUGCAUUAGAACCAGAAGUGGCUUCGAUCUGGUGUAAGUCUCGUGAGUCUGGCAGUCAAUACGCACACAGUCAAGAAGCAAAGAUAUCGCUCUCUUGUGAAGGCACGCGUUACAUGGUCGUUGAUCUUGGAGGUGGUACUGCAGACAUAUGUAUCCAUGAAAUCAAUAAAGACGGUCUGAAGCAAAUAGGAAAGGCCAGCGGUGGGCCGUGGGGAGGAACGAACGUUGAUAGAAGACUUCUAAAGUUCUUCAAACGUCUUGUUGGAACGCAAGCUCUGGAGGCUUUAAAAGAUGAAGGGAUGAAUGAUUACUUUGAUCUCCUUAGAUGUUUUGAGGCAAGCAAAAGAGAAUUCGAUGGAGAAGCAAACAAGAAAAUGUCGUUCAAGGUGCCAGGGUUGCUCCAGGAGUUAUGCGAAAGGUUUAAUGGGAAGACCUUAAGCGACAGGGUGCAAGAGUUAUUUAAUGCUGACAAGGUUGAAUUUAAACGCGACAAAAUGAGAAUCCAUUCCAGUGAAGUAGCAAAAUGGUUCGAUGCUCCGAUUUCAAGUCUUGUCAAGCAUAUACGAGGAAUUUUUGAGGACAGACAAAUUGGAAUUAUACACACGAUUGUGUUGGUUGGAGGGUUUAGUGAAAGUCCGUUCGUUCAAAACAAAAUAAGGAGAGCAUUUUCAAACCGACGCGUGAUCGUCCCUUAUGAGGCUAGUCUAGCUGUUCUAAAGGGGGCCGUGAUUUUUGGACACAAUCCAGAUGCAGUAACAUCCAGAGUUCUGAAGUACACAUAUGGCAUAUCUGUUGAUCUCCCGUUUGAUGAAGAAAAACACAGCGAAGAAUCGAAGUUCUUUAAACGUACUUUCAAUGCUUGGAGAGCGAAGGAUUGUUUCAAACCUUUUGUUAGGGUCAACGAUGAGGUCAAGUACGCUGAUAGAAUUUUGCACAAAUUUGCCCAGAGAGAUUGCUUGUCCUCUUGUGUUCGGAUUUAUCGAUCCACGGAACACUCACCAGUCUAUGUGACCGAUCCGGGAUGUGAAUAUAUUGGAAAGGUUGAAAUUGAACAUUCAAUCGACUACGUCACAAUUGAAGUGACGUUAAUGUUUGGUACCACGGAACUCAUGGUGAAAGCACGAUUAAAGGAAUCGGGUCGCGAAAGGAUUGCAGUCCUACAGUGUCUGGAACAAUGAAAUAACAAAAGAUGCACACAUCAUGUUUACGGACGCAGUCAUACAGUGCCUGGAGCUAUUAAUUAACAGAAAUACACAUAUCAUGUUCAAGUCUGUUUUGUCAACAUAGUGUGUAAGCCCUCGUUUGUUUAUAGUACUCCCAUGCGGGGAGUAUGUUUGAAAGAUAAAUGCAUAUGGAACCAGACUUAACUGUGCAAGGGCAAUUACCCCAAUAUUUACUUUCAACGAUAAUUCGAUAGUUGUUUAGUGUAGUUGUCUUGUAUCACGAUAACGUUUUGUCUCUUGUUUGGUGUUUGUUUGGAUUUUGGAAUCUUUAACCAAAAUUUUGGCACUUUAAUUUAUGAACAUACACAGCUGUGUCUAAAUCGCUGAAAUAAUAUUUUGAAAGAUAUCAAUGUUAAACUCUAUAGCUUAUUAUGGUACGUAAGUUAUUAACAUGUUUUGUUGAGCCAUUGAUGGAAUGUUUAUGAUCCUUGGCAAUGGACAUUUCUGCUAGUUAGAUGCUCUGAAAUAAACGCAGUUAUCCGUGCUAGAUGUAAUUAAGACGUAUUAAUGUAUAAGCGUAAAUAACGAAUACAUAUCAAUGCGUUGGAAAUUUGGUUAAAUUAUAUUUAUAUACCUUACGAACGGAAGGCAUGAAAACUAACAUUCAGCAAGCCUCGUAACUGGCUUAUGCGCGUCCCCUUGGGUCGAAUUUUCCUAUAUGGACCGGAAACACAUGUUACAUAUUAUUACUACUGUAAAACUGCGCAUCAGUUGUAACAUGUCGUUGUUUUAAUCCAUAAAAUACGCAAUUGGUGUUAUUUUUACAGCUAAUUUUGUUUAAUAUUGGACUGAUCGAAUUUAAUUUGCAUGUUUUGCUCUGUGAAAAGGGCUACGGUAAGGGCAUUUCGGUCAGGGAAAACCCUUGAAAUACAUGAUUUGUAUAUGGAAUUAUUAUAAUACAUAACAUGCCUCAAUUUUGUUUAUUUGGUACAUCAUGAUUAUUAUUUUUUUGAUUCGCAAUGCAAUUUAACAAUUGCUCAUGUACUUUUACCGAAGAACAUGGUGCCGUAGACAUGUUCAUUUGACGUUUUAAACUGUUUAAAGUGACGUUCUUUAAUGGGUAACGUAUCGUCCCGUAUAGUUCGGGGAAAGGUGCGUGUAUUGAAAAAGUGUAUGUUAUAAUUGUUAAAAAAAAAUAAACUGAAAUAAAAUGCAUUGAAUGAAUAACAUAACAUGCAUGUUUGUACAUAAGUGACUUUCCGAGGCCAUAAAUUAUGA